AUGGGAGGCUUAUUCUUUGUUUAUAGUUAUGGAGGUACUGGUAAAACAUUUUUGUGGAAGACAUUGUCUGCAGCCAUCAGAUCUAAAGGAGAAAUUGUAUUAAACGUUCCAUCAAGUGGAAUUGCAUCUCUAUUAUUAUCUGGUAGUAGGACGUCACAUUCUAGGUUUCAUAUUCCUUUAAAUCUUACGGAAGAAUCAAUCUGUCACAUUAAACCAUAUGGUGAAGUUGCUAAUUUACUAAAAGAAACAAAGUUGAUAAUUUGGGACGAAGCUCUAAUGAUUCACAAACAUGCGUUUGAGGCACUAGACCGGACUAUGAAAGAUAUCUUCAAAUCGGAUGAUUCACUGAAUUCAGAAAUGCCAUUUGGAGGAAAAGUUAUGGUUUUGGGUGGUGAUUCUAGACAAAUCCUUCCGGUUGUUGCCAAUGGUAGUAGACGCGAAAUUGUAAAUGCUUUCAUCAUUUUGUCCUAUAUUUGGGGGGCAUGCAAAGUCCUUAGGCUAACGAAAAACAUGAGGUUAACUAUAGGGAAUAACACAUCUGAAACAGAACAGACCAAAUCUUUUGCAAAGUGGCUUCUAGAUUUGGGUGAGGGAAACAUUGGUGAUAGCGAGGACUGUGAGGUAACCAUAGAUAUUCCUGAAGACCUACUAAUUAAGAACUCGGUGGAUCCUUUGUCGAGUUUUAUCGACUUUGUAUACCCUUCCCUGCUUCAACUUUAUAAAAAUCAAGAUUAUUUUGCAGAAAGAGACAUACUUGCACCUACAAAUGAAGUCGUGCAUGAAAUUAAUGAAAAAUUGCUUGCAUUGUUUCCGGGAGAAGAAGUUGAGUAUUUGAGGUCUGAUAGUAUAUGUCAUACUGACCAGGCUAAGAAUAUGUCACACACAAAUUUAUACACACCUGACAUUCUUAAUGGUCUUAAAAUAGCAGGAUUGCCUAAUCAUCGAUUAAUACUUAAAGUGGGUGUCCCAGUAAUGUUGUUGCGUAACAUUGAUCAACAAAAUGGUUUAUGCAACGAUACUAGAUUACGGAUUACUAAACUUGCAAAACGUGUUAUUGAAGCUGAAAUUAUAUCCAGAGGAAAAAUCGGUACGAAAACAUAUAUUCCACGAAUCACUUUAAUACCAUCUUACAAAAAAAUCCAAUCAAGUUUCAACGACGUCAAUUUCCGUUAUCAGUAUGUUCCGCAAUGA